ACCUAGCACCAGCUGUAUAGAAGGGUUGACGCCCAUCCUUACCUUCUCCACAAGCGUUUUAGGGCUGGUCAAGCUUAGGCCCCAGCAGCGUCGGAGUUAUUCGGAGUCUUGUCCAACUCAUCAUUAAUUCUUUUGAGCCCGCCUGCCUCGAUGAACUCGCUUUUCGUCUAUUAAACCAUGAACGUACUAAAGUUCUCAUUGGAUGGUCGAUCUUCGUAGCCGUUCCAGAGUAGACAUUCUUUCUAAAUUCUGCAUGUUUGCCUCGAUGGACGUGGGCGCCGAUUUUAAAUGAUGAACUUGAGCCCCAGAGUUUUAUCUUAGCUUCACAGGACGCGCAGGUACUACAACGUACAGCUCCACGACUAAAUCUCCCCGUCACCAUCACUGUCUUUUCAGCGCAGUCACCCAGCACCCAACCUGAAACAUGAAGGCACGACCGCUUGGACUCGGAAUCUUCUUUCCUUUGUUCCGCAGAGUGGAAUAUCGAGGCGGUGUAUUGUCGUUUCAGAUGCAUAGGUGGUGUCUUGGCAUUGCCUCCGCGGAGUCUUUCUCGCCUAGCGGUCGACAUCAUAUGGACCCACAACGCGACUCCGUGUUGCCGACUGACCUGGAAAGGCGGCGCGUCGACGCAAAUUUGACGGAGAGUAUCUGCUGGUACCUGGUAGGGGAGAUACCUAAGAGAACACAAUUUCUGCUUCCAGACUCACCGCGAUCAAAGGGUAGGGGUAGGUACCCCUCAAGCGUAUAUAUGCCCCCGCUAUUCGGUCAAUUGUUUCUCACUCAAUACAAACAUGAUUACCAACAACCAACUUAUCCAAACUACCGGUUAUCUCUUUGCCAUCGCGAUUGCGAUGGCAUUAUCUGUCACGGUCUUCGUAAAGGACAUCCUCGCUCUUAUGGCAUUUCGCGCACCAUCUACUGUCGUGCGGGAAUAUCCUCGCAUUGCUGUUAUGGUCAAAGUCGAAGUUGUUACCUCACAAUAUUCGACAUCAUCCGACUCUACCUUGGCCCAAGUGUCGUCGGAAUGCUAUAGUGGCGCACGAGUGGGCAAACGUAGUCGCUCGUUCUAGCUUAGACGAGCCCCCAUAUCUCAGACCUCAAAGGCUACCAAUCACCGUCGACACGGUCCAUUUACGGUCCAUUUUUGUAUGAAUCGACCU